AUGGGCAUUUCUCAUGUGGCAUGGGUUUUAGCCGUCUGCCAGCCCCUUCUAGCCGGGGCGCUGCCUGUCCCUUCACCACCUGGAAUUCCCUCCGCAUCUACCGCCAUAAGUGAGCUGGCGGGGUUAACUGUUGCUGCACAGGGAUCGCAGGAUGGAUAUAGCCGCGCGCUGUUUCCACACUGGAUCACUCAAAGUGGUACUUGCAACACACGGGAAGUGAUCCUCGCCCGGGAUGGAACGAAUGUGGUGCAAAGCUCCAGUUGUGCAGCUACUAGUGGAUCAUGGUAUUCUCCAUAUGAUGGGGCCACAUGGACAGCUGCAAGUGAUGUCGAUAUCGAUCACCUGGUUCCAUUAUCCAAUGCUUGGAAGUCGGGUGCAGCCAGCUGGACCACGGAUGCUCGUCGUGCCUUCGCCAACGAUUUAACUAAUCCUCAGCUACUCGCUGUCACUGAUAGCGUGAAUUCCGCGAAGGGAGACAAAGGCCCAGAAGAUUGGAAGCCCCCGUUGACUUCUUACUACUGCACUUAUGCCAAAAUGUGGGUGAAAGUCAAAUCAGUCUAUAAACUUACAGUGACUUCAACCGAAAAGGCCGCUCUUGUUCAGAUGCUGGACACUUGUUGA